CAUUAUCAUUUUUUGGGAGUAAAGGCAGGAGUUGGUGUUUUUUUAAAUUACAGGAUUCGCGUCAUUGCGAGCCGUGCGCGCAUUCCUCAGCAGGAUUUGCGCAUCUCCAAAUGCAAAUUGUUUUCUGCUUUCCGCGAGAGCGUUGUUUUAAUUUCCCUGCCCAGCAGAAAGCUCACAUAGUCAUGCUCCAGCGGCGACUGGCGAAGCUUUUCAUCUGAAAUUCUUGUUAAAAAAAGAAAAAGAAAAUGGAACAACAGCUCCCAAAACCAGAAAGCAAAAACAUGGAUUCGUGUCUGAGGCGACUGAAGCAAGAACUGCUGUGUAUGAAAGAAGCCGGAGAUGGCCUCCACGAUCAGAUGAAUUCAAUGAUGGGAGCCCUCCAGGAACUCAAGCUCCUUCAGGUUCAGACAGCGCUAGAAAACCUCGACAUUUCAGGUCGGCCAAUUAACAGAGGACUCCAACAUCCAGCUUUCCCUGAAGCGUCAGCUACACCGGCUUCAACCUCAGGCAAGGACCACGGGUCCUGCUUUACCCAAAACAUGCCCAAGGAGCCCAGCCCGAGUCCAAUGCCAAGUCCAUCGCUGGAGAGCAGAAACACCUACAGCCGAGACGACAGGAGCCUGUCUCGAAACAGAAGCAGCCUGGGAACCUCGUCUUCCUCGGCAUCCAGCCUCGACAGUGAGCUUGAGGGAAGUAAAAGAGGCGCACGAAACGUCAGAAGUGAGAAUGACCUUGAGUCUAUACCGAAGAGGUGGUCCGGAUAUUCAGCCCCACAGGUGGAUUUCUACGGACCAAUGGUAGGAAACCCUCCACCGGAGCCCUACACUCAGCCUCAGGCUCCCCGUCGUGCUCAGGCAGUGGACCUUCCUGGGAUCCUGUACAGCCUCUCCAGAGAAGGCCCUUCAUUGGACAGCGACUACUCCCAGGACAGCACAGAUGAUGCCAGCGACUGGACUUCUUCGCUCAUGAGCCGCAGCCGCAACCGUCAGCCGUUAGUGCUGGGCGACAACGUCUUCGCCGACCUCGUGGGAAACUGGCUGGACCUUCCUGAGGUGGAGAGGGAAGAGGUGGAAGAAGAUGAGAGAAGGAAGAUGAGGGAGGAGAGCAUAGCGGACGGAGGGGCGGACAGGCCGGACACUCCAGCUCACCCUCUCCGCCUCAGCCGCUCGCAGGAGAUCUGCAGGAAGUUCUCAUUAACCACAAACAUUUUCAAGAAGUUCCUGCGCAGCGUCCGGCCCGACAGGGACAAGCUGCUCAAGGAGAGGCCCGGCUGGAUGGCUCCUGAGUUGACAGAGGGAGACCUCUUCAAAAGGCCAAAGAAAGUGGCUCCUAAAAGUUCAAAAGGCAGCUUCUACCUGCCCUUCUGGGCAAAUGGACAGGAGGGCAAAGGCAGGCCGUGUCCUCAUCUAGCUGAAGCAGAGAGGAACCAUCAACACCACUUCCCCCAGAUCCACCAGCAGCCAUUUGCUGGGAUUUAUUUAGACAGGAGACAGCCUGGUGUGGAGAAAAUGCAGCCCUUGUUUGACUACAACACAGCUGUGUGGGUUUGACUGAGUCACGGGCCAACAGACUGUCAGUGAUGCCAAACUAAGUGAGUGACAGGUGCUGGGGGGGAUUCUUGCUGUGCUGGAGGGGGAAUGAAGGAGAGGCUUUGCCACAGUUAUCUUCCAAAAAUGAACCGAUGAACUUCACACCCACAACGAGAUUAUCAGGGCAACAUUUUGUCUGACAAUCCAAAAAACCUAAACCUCGUUUGCUGUGUGUGUCCGAGUGCGUGAGUGUGUGCUGAAGAGUGUGAGACAGCGUUAGCGAGACAUUUUUUGAGGACUUAUGCUGCAAGUUUUGUAUUAUUCAAACGUCUUGUUAUGUGUGAGUGCAUGUAUGACUGGGGUCUCUGGAUGUCUUAAAAGACGGUACAUUGAAAUGGACAUCUUUCUCAGAAUGUCUCCAUCAUUACAGAUCUUCAUAGAAGAAUCCACAAACCUUCUCACCGCUAUUCUACAGGACUCUCAUAUCUCACUUCUUUGCAUCUAUGAGUAGAAAACACCAACUGCUAGAUUGCAUGGAUAGCGUUUUUAUAAGUGAUGCUUCAAACAGCUGUUACUGAACGCACUGCCACUAGACACAGUCACAAGAUCACUCUUGUUUCCCACAGGCCUCGAGAUGCCUUGGAAACUCAGGUUUAACUGAACCCGUCCGUCUCAUUCACCUUGCUCAGGGAAUGAAUGUUACACACAGGAGUCAGCUAUGAGACACUGCCGCAUUUAAGUGUGUUUCAACUACAGUUUAGAGAAGUCUGGCCUCGUCUCAUCUUGACUAGAAAUACGCAACAGCAAUACAGCGCAUGAAUAAUUAAAACAUUGCAUAUUGAAUUUUGAGAUUCAUCCCUCAUCAUCAGCAAUGUUGUGCUGGCGGUCAUGUUAAUGUUGAGUCAACUGUCAGACAAAGGACGGGGUAAAGAUGGCACAGCCAACCACGAGUACCGACUGACUGACAUCUGGUACCCGGUCGUUAUGUAAAGCUUGUUCGCCACAGCCUCGAAGAAGAUGCAAAACGGGCUCCAAAAUCCAAAAGCUUUAAGAAUUAAUUGAAUUAUGGCGAUGGUAACACACACACACACACACACACACACACACACACACACACACACACACACACACAUCUCCAUCAGACAGGAUCAAUGUACAGAGCAUUGUACAUAUUUGUCAUUAACCACACAGCAGCAAUAACAAACAUUUACUGUAAUAUCCCAUCGCAUGGUUUUCAUUCUUCUGCACGGAUAAAUAUGUCACAGUAACAUUACAAUAAACAACCACACAUGUAUUUAAACCACAGACUGUUGAGUUCAUCUUACAGUAUCUAUUCUCUUGUAUCAUAAUAAACUGCUUCAGUGUGUUUGAUUUCAAGCGGCAUCAUUACAGUUAAAAACGAAAACUACAGCUUCCGUCACACAAUUCACAGAAAUAUCAGGAUUCCCUCAGGAUUAUACAAUAUCACUGCCCGCUCUGACUCAAAAUACUUUGUUUUAUAGAGGACCACUGUUAUGCAAGGACAAUCUGAUACUCUUACUUCUUAUAAUUAUGAAAAAAAACAGUUAAUUUCACUCCGUUUUAAAUGGGAUCCCAGACCAAUCAACUUUGCCAGCAGGGAUUAAGGCCUGAGGUCUUUUGAGUGUCUUGGCCAGUCGAUCCAUAUGGUGUUGUCUCAGUAUUCAGGUCAAUACAGGCAUACUGGACCUUCAGAGGGUCCAACACACACAGAUGGUUUCUGCUCAGAGGGUCUCACAGUGUGAGAUGUCAUGUCAUACAGAAUAUGUAUGUAAAUGUUACAUUUGUUUCCUUCUAUUUACAGUUGUCUAAGUGUCAUUUUCAGCACUGUUGUUGAUAUUUUUCAUCAGGGUUCUGCGAACCUUCAGUUGUGAUUAUGUGUCAUGUGCACUGUCUCUUUGUAAAUUAAAUCUGUU